AUGUCAAUGCCAAUAGGACCUCAGCAACAACAAACUCCAUCGAUGACUACAAAUCAGGAGAGUUACAGCAGUACCCACUCGAACCAUGGAUCAAUAGGCGCUGUUAUCGCUGUCCUGGCUCUGAUCACUAUCUUGGGCGUUGUUGCUGGGAUGAUUGGGCGUCUCUGCUCUGGAAGAAGAGUCAUGGGCCAUGGCCAGUACGAUUUUGAAGGUUGGGUGGAGACCAAAUGCGCUUCUUGCAUUGACGGAAGGAUCGAUCUUCCUCCACCGCGAUCCUCCGGAGACUCUGUUCCUAUUGCAAUCCCGAUCGAAACUCCUCAAGAAAAGAAACGGACAGAACAAUCUGCAGAGAACCCACCUUCUGCUUCUGAUUCUUGA